UUGAUUAUUUUCUUAUUUGCAGAUGGAACACAAGAAGCACUACUCCAACGAAGUAGAAGAGCGUUUCCGUUUGAAAAUCUUCAAUGAGAACAAAUUGAAGAUUGCCAAGCACAAUCAAUUAUACGCAGCGGGCAAAGCUUCAUUUAAAAUGGCAGUCAACAAAUAUAGCGACAUGUUACAUAAUGAAUUCCGUGAAACAAUGAAUGGCUACAACAACACACUAAGAAAGCAACUACGCAGUAGCAACCGAAAAUUCACCGGCGCCACCUUCAUUGCACCAGCCCAUGUUACUGUGCCGACAUCUGUGGACCGGCGUUCGAAAGGUGCUGUUACCGAUAUCAAGGAUCAAGGUAAUUGUGGCUCUUGCUGGGCUUUCUCCACAACUGGUGCACUUGAGGGUCAGCAUUUCCGCAAAACAAAUACACUAAUUUCGCUGUCCGAACAGAACUUGGUCGAUUGCUCUGGCAAAUAUGGCAACAAUGGUUGUAAUGGUGGUCUGAUGGAUAACGCUUUCCGUUAUAUUAAGGAUAAUGGUGGCAUAGAUACGGAGAAAUCCUACCCGUAUGAGGGUAUUGAUGAUUCCUGUCACUAUAAUCCAUCCAGUAUUGGUGCCACCGAUCGCGAAUUUGUCGACAUUCCAGCCGGCGAUGAGGAACAACUGAAGCAAGCUGUUGCCACCAUUGGUCCAGUUUCCGUUGGUAUCGAUGCUUCGCAUGAAUCAUUCCACUUUUACUCUGAAGGUGUUUAUAAUGAGCCUGCUUGUGAUGCGGAGCAAUUAGAUCACGGUGUUUUGGUGGUGGGCUAUGGCACUGAUCCCAGUGGACAAGACUACUGGCUGGUAAAGAACUCUUGGGGUACCACCUGGGGUGACAAAGGUUAUAUUAAGAUGGCGCGCAACAAGAAAAAUCAAUGCGGUAUUGCUACAGCCGCCAGCUACCCAAUUUGUGCUCUCAACAAUUGGCCGAUUGGGAAAAGAGAAUUAACAAACGAAAAGAGAUUUACCACAAAGAUGCGCGCAGUAUUAAUUUUUAUGGCGAUGUUCGCCUAUGCUAGUGCGGUUUCGUUCAGCGAUCUUGUGAAAGAAGAAUGGUUUGCCUAUAAAAUGGAACACAAGAAACACUACUCCAACGAAGUAGAAGAGCGCUUCCGUUUGAAAAUCUUCAACGAGAACAAAUUGAAGAUUGCCAAGCACAAUCAAUUAUACGCAGCGGGCAAAGUUUCAUUUAAAAUGGCAGUCAACAAAUAUAGCGACAUGUUACAUAAUGAAUUCCGUGAAACAAUGAAUGGCUACAACAACACACUAAGAAAGCAACUACGCAGUAGCAACCGAAAAUUCACCGGCGCCACCUUCAUUGCACCAGCCCAUGUUACUGUGCCGACAUCUGUGGACUGGCGUUCGCAUGGUGCUGUUACCGACAUCAAGGAUCAAGGUCACUGUGGCUCUUGCUGGGCUUUCUCCACAACUGGUGCACUUGAGGGUCAGCAUUUUCGCAAAACAAAUACACUAGUUUCGCUGUCCGAACAGAACUUGGUCGAUUGCUCUGGCAAAUAUGGCAACAAUGGUUGUAAUGGUGGUCUGAUGGAUAACGCUUUCCGUUAUAUUAAGGAUAAUGGUGGCAUAGAUACGGAGAAAUCCUACCCGUAUGAGGGUAUUGAUGAUUCCUGUCACUAUAAUCCAUCCAGUAUUGGUGCUACCGAUCGCGGAUUUGUCGACAUUCCAGCCGGCGAUGAGGAGAAAAUGAAGCAAGCUGUUGCCACCAUUGGUCCAGUUUCCGUUGCUAUCGAUGCUUCACAUGAAUCAUUCCAAUUUUACUCUGAAGGUGUUUAUAAUGAGCCUGCUUGUGAUGCCGAGCAAUUAGAUCACGGUGUGUUGGUGGUGGGCUAUGGCACUGAUUCCAGUGGACAAGACUACUGGCUGGUAAAGAACUCUUGGGGCACCACCUGGGGUGACAAAGGUUAUAUUAAGAUGGCGCGCAACAAGGAUAAUCAAUGUGGUAUAGCUUCGGCAUCCAGCUACCCACUUGUUUAGGUUGUAGGUUUUCAAACAUCACAAAAAAUUAGAAAUACAUAACAAUCAAAAUAUGCGAAUUAAUAUUUUUUAUAAACUACAGUGAAUUUUUAACUUCUAUAUGAAGCGUAUCUGAUUUUUCGUUUGUAUUAUUUGUACGUUAUAAGUUGUAGUAUUGUUUAUUAUAAUUUUAUUCGUUUAUUUUCGUCGAUGUGUGAAUUUAAAACCAUUUGCAAAGAGAAAUACCAAAGGUUACAUUAAUAUGUAACUUUUAUGUAAUAAAACGUAAAACCACCUUCUCAUCGCCAUCACUAUAUUUAGCAUAUGAAACGUGUAAAAACAUUAUAUAAUAAAAUAAAAGUUUUAAAAUACAAAACAU